AUGGCUGGUUACGAAUACGUGAGCCCGGAGCAGCUGGCUGGCUUUGAUAAGUACAAGUACAGUGCUGUGGAUACCAAUCCACUCUCUCUGUAUGUCAUGCAUCCAUUUUGGAAUACUAUAGUAAAGGUAUUUCCUACUUGGCUGGCUCCAAAUCUGAUAACCUUCUCUGGCUUUCUGCUGGUUGUGUUCAAUUUCCUACUCAUGGCAUACUUUGAUCCUGACUUUUAUGCUUCAGCACCGGGUCACAAGCAUGUACCCGACUGGGUUUGGAUUGUGGUGGGAAUCCUCAACUUCAUAGCCUACACUCUAGAUGGUGUGGAUGGAAAGCAGGCCCGGAGAACCAAUUCCAGCACCCCUUUAGGGGAGCUUUUUGACCAUGGCCUUGAUAGUUGGUCAUGUGUUUACUUUGUUGUGACUGUGUAUUCCAUCUUUGGACGAGGACCAUCUGGUGUCAGUGUUUUUGUUCUUUAUCUCCUACUAUGGGUAGUUUUGUUUUCUUUUAUCCUGUCCCACUGGGAAAAGUAUAAUACAGGGAUUCUUUUCCUGCCGUGGGGAUAUGACAUUAGCCAGGUGACUAUAUCUUUUGUCUACAUAGUGACUGCGAUUGUGGGAGUUGAGGCCUGGUAUGAACCUUUCCUGUUUAAUUUCUUAUAUAGAGACCUAUUCACUGCAAUGAUUAUUGGCUGUGCAUUAUGUGUGACUCUUCCGAUGAGUUUAUUGAACUUUUUCAGAAGCUAUAAAAAUAACACCUUGAAACACAAUUCAGUCUAUGAAGCUAUGGUUCCCUUUUUUUCUCCAUGUUUGCUCUUCAUUUUGUCUACAGCAUGGAUCCUUCAGUCACCUUCAGAUAUUUUAGAGAUACAUCCUAGACUAUUCUACUUUAUGGUUGGAACAGCCUUUGCCAACAUCACAUGUCAGCUGAUUGUUUGUCAAAUGAGCAGUACUCGGUGCCCAACUUUGAAUUGGUUGCUGGUUCCUCUUUUCUUGGUUGUCCUGGUGGUAAACUUAGGAGUAGCCUCUUACGUUGAGAGCAUUCUCCUGUAUACCUUAACAGCUGUUUUCACUCUGGCCCACAUCCAUUAUGGAGUACGAGUGGUGAAGCAGCUGAGCAACCAUUUUCAGAUUUAUCCCUUCUCAUUGAGGAAACCAAACUCGGAUUGACUAGGAACGGAAGAAAAGAGUAUUGGCCUGUAA